UUUGCUAUCAAAUUUUUUAUUCUCUCUCUCUUUUUUUCUUUUUUCUUUCCAACUGAAUGAGCAGCAGUCAAGGGCCAAGAAUGCCCUUUUAACACAACAUGUGUCAUUCAACAUCUGGUCAUGUGGAUGCAUAUGUCUGUCUAGAAGGAAGCAUGCUUUUUCCCCAUGCUAAGCUAGGUAUGAGGCCAGUUAAACAACACAAUCGACUGUUGUUCUCAGUAUGCAGUUCUGUGUCCUAAAGCUGACUAUCCAAUACUGCACAUAAAUGCUCCCUUGUGUGCUCCCCUCCAUAAAUAGCAUCCUCUGAAAUCAUAGAAUGGCCUGGGUUGAAAAGGACCACAAUGAUCAUCUAGUUUCAACCCCCACACUUGUGUGCAGGGUUACCAGCCACUAGACCAGGCUGCCCAGAGUCACAUCAGCUCUCAAAUGCCAUACUUGAUAGUUCACUUGAGAGAUAACAGUGGGUCUGUUACAACACAGGCGUAAAACCUGUAUGUUUGCCACCAGAUUCUCAACUGGUGAUCAUGUUACUUCAUACCUUCACGGAAUCUAAUAUUUGCUCUUGCUGUGGACGAAAUAAAUGUAAAAGAAUGCAUCUACUACUGCUCCAAAACUCAGAGAAAUGACAAAUACAGUGCUUUGAGUAAGACAUUUCCUUCUUAGCAAAAAACCCAAGCAGUUACUCAAAACUGUCUGCAGUGAUAAAUAGAAGUCAGCAGGCGCCUUUGUUUCCUUUCACAGGAACAUGGAAAAUGUUGCUUAUCGCCAGGGAGGCCUUCCUCACAACCAUCAUUCUGUAGUACUGACAGUGCUAGUCCCUUGCAUGAGUUUUGUAAUUACAACAAACAAAUAAGCUAUUCUUGGUAGCUACUCAUGCAUGUAUGUUUUUCAGAGAUAAUUAUGAACCAUGAUUUACAGCAGACUGAGGCCAUGGGAACUACUAUAAGAAGAAAGUAGAGAUAAAUUCAGAGAAAGGAAGACAAAGGGCACAAAGAUAAACCAAAAGGACAGAAUUAUCUGCUUUCUAGAGGAGAUUCCUUUUUGUGGCAGAAAAACAAGUGCUGGAAGAUGAACUAAACAGGUUUAGUACAAGUCCGUGACACUUCUCCGUGCUUCAGAGAGACAGGAUUGAUAAGAUUGAAGACUAGCUCUGCAGGGAUGUAUUUAUAGCAUGGACAGUGCCAGAAAUCAUCGCUGGGCUUCUCUAGGUUUGGCAGAAUCAAUGCCACAGUUAAAUAAAUGCUGUUGUUUUGCUGGCUUGAUGUGAAUAAUACAUACGAAGCCUGCUGGGUAUAUAUUUUUAUUGGGAAUUACAUUAUGUAGCAGCUUUCUAGAUUUGUGUGUGUUGUUCAGUAUUCAGUAAGAGCUCUCAAAAUACCUCUUAACAACACUUUACCCUAAAUAAACACUUCACUCUGUUCCUUACAUAAGUAAAGUCUCCAGCUCCAAUGUAUGAGGGAAAUAAUCUACAGAAUUCUGUAGCACAGAUGUUUGUUGCCUUUUUAUUUUCUUUUACCUAGCUCUGAUUAGAUGCAUUGAAUUAACUGAAUUAUUAUCUGCUGUUGGUAGCUUGAGGGACAUCAAAAUACACAUCUUCACAUCUUUUCUUUGGCUUUUGGGAUUUGAUAUUGUGCAAAUGACAACUUAAUUAAUAUUUGUUCUGACAAGAAACAAGAGGACUGAGUUCUAGCAUAAUGAAUCUCAAAGGAAAAGAAAGGUUUCCUUCUACCGCAACUGGAGGCAAUUGAUAAUGUGGCUCUUAGAAGCUGUGGUGUAUAGAGGCAAGUAAGUGACUCACAAAUGGCAGGUUAUUUUUUCUCUCCUUUCUUUUUGUCCCCAGCUGCUCAGCUGCCUUAAUUAACUUUGAAUACAGUUCCCUCUCCCUUCCAAAUUAUUUUCCAUGCAUAACGUUGAAAGGCUCCAACUGAAAAAAAUAAAAUAAAAAAAAAAAUGCAUAAAAUCAUCUUCUCUUCAGUGCUUUAUAUGCUCAUGCAUGAACACCUUGCUCAGAUACCUGUGUUAGACCCCCCUCUGUUUUUUUGCAUUACAGUCAAAAGUCUCAGUCAAAUGACCGUUUAGCUCCUGUGUGGCUGUAUGCCAAAGAUAUAAAUAUCAGUCCCCUAUCCAACAUCCAGCUUGCCUCCAUUUCUUCUUUUCUCCUGCUGUCUUGUUGCCAUCUUCCUUUUUCUUUUUCUUUUUUCUAUUUCUUUUUUUUUUUUUUUUUUUUUUUUUUUAACACCAGCCAGUGAGAACUGAGCCGUGAAAGCUGCCUGUUUUUACUUUAAAGCUUUUAUCCCUACUUUCCUAAACAACAUGUGUUGGUGUAAACAUCUCAGAUGUCAACUCACAAGAGGAGUUAUUAUGAAUCAGACUUUAUCUUUGGUUUCAUUAGAAAACUUAGUUAAAAUUAAGUAGCGUGAAAAACAACCCUGUGAAAGUUGAUACCUAGUUUUCAAGCAGAACAGAAGGUUAAGCUGAAACCGAACGUAACUACAAUUCCUAAGCAGCUGUUUCUUCACUGUGCUAUUUUCUUGUAUUUUAGAAACUUGUUUCUUCACAAUCAAGGACACUGGUGUAUUGGUUUUCCCUUCGAUCCAUUACUCAUCCCAUCUUGGUUUGGGACACACCGCCAGCAAGGCAAGACACAGAAGACAACUGAUACAGGGAAUUAUGGCUCAGGAGCUCUCUAUGACAUCAUGCCUACUUUUUAUAUAUUAUUGUGUUGGUACAAUUUAUACCCAUCUCCAAGUGCAAGAUUCUGAUACUGCCCUUUAAGUUUGCACCACACAGGCUUCUUGUGCAAAUAGGAACUUUUGUUAAUCUGCUGCUAUAAAAAUAGUAGUUUGUUCAUCCAGGACAAGAUCUGGGACAAACAAUCUGCUGAGUAGUACUAACUUAAACUCUUCAAGUUUGCACAGUUUUGUUCUGAGAAUUGCUUCCAAUUCCCCUUUAGUCAACAUUUGUGUUUGUUUAGCACUUAGAAAUCAUGUACAUAAGGAGCACAACAUGAUGAAAAACAUUUUGACAGAUUGUUCUGGAAAUCAAAUCUUUUACCUGAAGUGACACAUUGCUUGGGUGGAAAAUAACAGCUAAUUUCUUUAUGCAAAAUAGCUCUGUGGCAUACUGAAGAUACACAAAGUUAUUCACAUGGAAAAAAAAUAAAUAAAUGCAUUUGUAAGCUGUUCACACCGUAUUAUUGGAAGGUGGAAGAUGCGGAUUUACAUAGUGCUGUGAUUAAAAUGGAUUUGCAUCUGCUAUGACAGGUGGUUCCAUUUCACUAGGAUGCCAGCAGUGCCUAGGUCAUCUUCCAACUUAAGAAAGGUGGUAAAUCUACUUGUAUUGCUUGGAUCAAGAGAACCUUCAUUUUCCUCCUGCGGUUAUGCUGUAUGGAGUAAUAUCCAACUACUCUGGCUGUGGAAUGGAUUCAACGAAGGCCAAGUGCUGAAGGGCAUUAAGAUAUUGAACCUGACAGCAACACUCUAAAACUUUUGUGGGAGAGUGUGACAUUUGCUCGCAUUGCACUAAGCUUGAAGAUCAGUCAGGAAAAGAAAUUCUGCCCUACUCGUGACAGUCAGACAGUGGAACAAAAAAUGCCAGUGAAAUGUUGUUUCCAUAGGUCAAACACAGAAGAAACACUGGCUUGGUCUGACUCUGUGGAUACACUACUUGCUAAUAAAGAUGGCCUGGCAGCUUUCAGGAAGUUUUUGAAGUCAGAAUUCAGCGAGGAGAAUGUAGAGUUCUGGCUGGCUUGUGAAGAUUUCAAAAAAACCAAAUCUUCCACCAAGAUCGCAGCCAAAGCCCAGAAGAUUUAUGCUGACUUCAUUGAAGCUGAUGCUCCAAAGGAGAUUAAUAUUGACUUUCAUACAAGAAAUCACAUCUCUCAGAACAUCUCAGAACCCACCCUCAGUUGUUUUGAUGAUGCCCAGAGGUUAAUCUAUAGUCUCAUGGCAAAAGACUCUUUUCCCAGGUUUCUAAGGUCAAAAGAGUAUAAGGAACUAGCAAAGAAGCAAGACAACAGAAAUGACAAAAGGUGGCUCCCAUUUUUGUGAGAAGGUAAAAGCUAGAGGCCUGAGUAGUUAUGAAUUUGUAGGUGCCUCCUGUCACAACUCAGGGUAGGUAAUAUUUUAUUAAAGUGAUCGUACAAAACAGAACUCUUAACUGGCUUGUUUUUAAUGUAUGUGUGGUUGCUUCUGCUAAAGUUGGUGGAGAAGUAUUCUAGAAACAGAAUGGAAUACACUAUGACAGUUGAGUUUUUUUAGUAAAAAUCUUGCAAUUA